GUGGUGUGCUAUUGGUUUAAGUGUUUGUCUGUCCUUAAUAAAAUUUCACCUAUUUUGGAAAUGGUGAACUCAAUAAUCUGAAGGCAAUGCUACUACACAAUAUAUUAAUUCAAUUAUGUACGUGAUUAGCUUCAAUAAAGCAUAGAAAGAUAGAAGUUCAUCUUCGAUAAUGAUUUCAGGAAUAUAUUUUGGUAAGACCGAACGGUUUAAUCCCCAUUGUUAACGGUAUAAAUUAUUUUAUUUUGCCAUUAUUGAAAACCCCUAAAGGAAGUUUUAGGUAAACAUAAGUAUGCUGCGUCGUACUGCGAAGUUUGCUGAUAGCUUUAAGGAGCACUACCACCGUGUCCACUUACCUCGGCGUAUAGCUUUGCAACGGUACAUAAGACGCGAGCAGGAUCGUCUAGGCAAGAUCCCACAGAGUACAGCCACCGGCCCUGCAAAUAGUGUUCAUGGCAGUCCGAAAGCAUCGGGUGAGGUCCCCUACAAGUACAACCGCUGGUGGGUUACCAAUGAUCACGAAUUCUUGCACCAGUUCGCUUUCGUGGAGGAUCCCGAUGUCGUGCGUGAGCGCCGCACCACUUUGCCUCAGGUCACUAAGGAAAACAUUUGGCAAGAGCCGCAGCAAACCUUUUUCAUGCCCUUUGCGCCAUACAUUAAAGUAGUAGACUAUGCCAAUGAUCCUGACACAAAAUUCUUAAGACCAGUGAAUGUACCUAGAUGGAAGGAUUACAUGCAGCGCACUAAACCAGUCGUUCCGCGAACUUGGUAUUAGUCAUCUUGCUGAUAAGUAUAAUAUAUAUACAUAUAUAUAUAUAUCGUCUGAGAUUGAGCUUUUCAUUUGUCAAU